UAAAACGGAGCCUCACCGGACCUAGCCGUCUCUCCGGACGUAACGAGGAAGAAGGAAAGAGACUGUACCCGCGUUUCCAUAUUUCGUUGAUUUGACUUUUCCAUCGACGACUUCUCCUUCCACGUACUUUCCUCGUUGAAUUCAAAAUCUUCAACAAUGUGGUGUGUUUCCGCCAUCUCGAGUUUAUCGCGGUUCUGCUUGAUUCGCCCGUCGUAGAAAGGCGGCAGAUCUUUCGCGGCGAUGAAUCGUGAUUUCGUGCUCGUAAUCGUGUUCUUUGUUCUCAUUCUCGUCUCUCCUGGAUCCGAUGCUUCUCUCACUGACCGUAUUUGGAAUCUUCAUCUCCGCUUCUCGCUUUUGAAGGAUUCUCCCGAGCGUAUAGCUCCAGCUCCUGGUCCUAGCUCUGUUAUCAAUGGCAAAUUGAUUGGGGGCGUCCCGAUAAGUUCUCCAACUCCUGCAAUUCCUCCAUUUCCCAGUUCAACUGAUGGUUUUACCUUAGAGAAGUGCGACAGGAACAAGACUUGCCACGACCUUAAGAAAAUGACUGCAUGCCUUCAGUUCGCAGAACAAGCGAUGGUGGAACAAUAUCUUCUGAUCCAAAAUGAUGGAGAGACUUCUCUGAAAGUGAAUGUUAUAGUUUCCGAUGCUAAAUACAAGGAUGUACAAGUUCCUGAGCAUCAUGCUAAAAAGGUUAAUGUUUCAGACAUUCCAGAAACUUCAACGAUUAUAUUAGAUGCUGGAAAUGGGAAGUGUGUAAUUCACGUAGGAUCACCAACAAAAAACGGCAGCAUUGUUAAGCAGACCUCUUCCUAUGUAACCCAUUUAAACCUCAUAUCCGGAUCCUACCUACUAUUUUCAAUUAUUUUGAUCAUUGGAGGUGUCUGGGCAUGCUGCAAAAUGAGAACCAAGGAACGCCAUGCCAAUGGAAUCCCAUAUCAGGAGCUUGAAUUGGCAGAGCAUGACUCUUCUCCAACCAACGAUUUGGAAGCAGCAGAAGGUUGGGAUCAAGGCUGGGACGACGACUGGGACGAGUCGAAGCCUGCAAAUAAAUCCAAUUCUGACAUAAAGGGAAAUGGAUCAAAUGGUAUUAACUCAAGAACUUCCGAGAGAAAUGGAUGGGGAAAUGAUUGGGACGAUUGAGGCAAUAAACAGCUAAAAAAUCUACGUGCUCCUCAAUGUUGAAAGGUCAGUAAACUUGGUGAAAAUAGAAAUUUUUUAGCAACAGGAUAGUGAAAAGAAGAAAAUUCUAUGUGAUAAAAAGCUGUGAGCCAAUUUUUUAUUGUUCAAUUACAAGAGAGAAAAUGUAUGGUUAUCAGAAUAGAUCUCAGUUUUCCUGUUAGUAGAGAUGGAAAUUGGAAUUUGGAAAGAGCAAUAAUGUAGGUUUUUAAGAAAGAGCAUUGCAAUGAUAAGACUAUUUGCUUUGUAAUCUUAAGUGCUAGCGUGCUUACAUAGAUCAAGAGGGUAUCAUUUGGCCCCUCAAUAAUGUGCAAACCUAAAGAGAAAAGGUUUUGAAGUGCGCA